UAAACCAGAUUUGUAUGUUAUUUUUUUAAUCUGUUAUUUCAAAUGAUUUAGUUUUAUACCUGCUGCUUCUAUCUACCUUGUCAGAUUUCACUUAUUUUCCUUACAUGAUAUAACUUAUAUUAAUGCUUUGAGAAAUAUCAAUUAAGAAAUUCUAAAAUAUCAUUUCAGAUGACGGAAGAUUCAGCUAAACUAAAGAUAUCCCAGAGCCUUUUGCUAAAUAGUUUAGUUUUAUGUUCUGGCAGAUCACCAACAUGUAUGAUUUAUUUUGCUUGGCCACAACAGCAUGUGAUUACAAGGACGAAUAUUUCCGGCACAUUUGAAUGAGACUCACUUGAGGAAUGUUAUCCGCGGGCGACCUCUGUCUCCAGUAAAAGCGCAUUUAUUAGGCAUCCCUUCACACACCCCCUUCAGAAACACCAGCGUACGAACACCAUCGGAUCUCAUUCAUUCUGCUUCAUAGAUAUAUUUUGGGAGUUUGACAUGCUGAGUACCGUACUGAAACAAGUUAAAAGUCACCCGGCUUUGAUUCCUCUCUUCAUCUUCAUCGGUGGUGGAGCGACCAUGUCUAUGCUUUACCUGGGCCAUAUCGCACUAAAGAACCCCGACUGCUCAUGGGAUCACAAGAACAACCCAGAGCCAUGGAAUAAACUGGGCCCAAAUGACCAAUACAAGCUUUUUACAGUCAACAUGGACUACUCUAAACUGAAGAAGGACAGGCCUGAUUUCUGAGAAGAGCCCAGUGAAUCAGCUGGGUGUGUUAAAAAGUGCACGUCCUGCCCUGGAGGUCUAUUCAACACGUCAUCAAAUAGCUUUUCAAAUCUUAUCUGUGAUUGUGAAUCCCCAUUGUAAAUAAAGAAACCGAAAGUGUUAGUUAAUGUCUCUGUU